GCAUCGACAUCUUGAAGCUGGUGGCAGCCCAGGUGGGGAGCCAGUGGAAGGACAUCUACCAGUUCCUGUGCAAUGCCAGCGAGCGUGAGGUGGCGGCUUUCUCCAACGGCUACGCGGCCGACCACGAGCGCGCCUAUGCCGCCUUGCAGCACUGGACCAUCCGUGGGCCCGAGGCCAGCCUGGCCCAGCUCAUCAGUGCCCUCCGCCAGCACCGCCGCAACGACGUGGUGGAGAAGAUCCGAGGUCUGAUGGAGGACAACACGCCGGUGCAAAUGCAGCCUCAGUGGCAAGCGCAGGACUCCAGCAACGGCGACGGAAAG